AGUCAUUGUGGCCACACGCCCCUGCUUCCCCGACGCGAGUUGACACGCGGCUCAAUGUUAUCACCAUGUGACACAUGUCACGUGCUCGGGCAUUCGAAUUUCGAAAUUGACAUAUAAAUUGAUAGCCAAAUCUCUUCAAAAUGCCAUCGAUGGCGUUGUAACUUUUCGAAUUAGGAAUCCGUCAAUGACAUUGUUUACUCUUUUUUAAAGUGAGUUUUUGUGCCAGUAACUUUUCAAAACUUUUUUAUCGUUACUUCACUGGCUGUACGGACUUUUUGGAAGAUGUAUGGAGUAAUGUACGUGUUCGUAUUUGGCUUCCUGUUACUCCCGGGCCCUUCCUGCAGCAACUCAGAUAAUAUAGCUCUUCUCCUUGGCACCCUGAAGAUGAUGCAGCGCGCAUCCUGCGAUGAUGAGAUGGUCUCCCUGGCAUGUCCUAGGGGCACUGCUAUCAGCAUCCAAGUGGCUCAGUACGGGAAGGCUACUGGUGAAGGUCGGAGCUGCAUUGCGCAGGCGUCGCGAGGGGUGGACGUGGAGGUGGUGGGAGAGGACUGCCUCUGGCCCAACACUAUGCAGUACUCCCUUCUGCAAACAGUAGUGGAGGCGUGUCAGAAGAAGCCGCAGUGUAAGUUUAGCACGAAGCCUAAAUCAGGGCUAGUGGACCCCUGCCCUAACACGAGGAAGUUCGUGGAAGUCGCCUACAAGUGCAGGCCAUCUACGUUCCGGAGUCGCACAUGCUGCGAGGGUGAUGUCAUCAAGCUGAGCUGCAACCCUCACUCCAGGAUCGCCGUAUUUGAAGCUCAGUACGGGAAGACCUUAUUCGAGUCCAUCUCGUGUCCUCAAAAAGGGUUGAACAAUGAAACUUGUACCACUCCCCAUGGGACUGACAUCGUGAUGCAGAUCUGUCAUGGCAAGCGACGUUGUACCGUCGAAGCCAACAGUAAGACCUUCGGAACUCCUUGCAAGAGCCAGUCCAGAACUUACCUCAAAGUAGUCUACGCUUGUGUACCUCUGGGAGUCCUAAUGGAGAGAUACGAGAGUGCAGCUGAAAACGACGAAAUUUCCAAAACGGACAAUAAUGAUGAUAAUUUUGUUGACGAAUCAGAAGGAGCAAGCGAGCGGUGGGGUGAGAUCAACCCCGUGUCCGCCGUGGCCAACCCUAUGCCUCCACCUGACGAAGACUUCACUACUAUUGCUUCAAUAGAAAAGAUUGAAGAGACCACUGUUCAACCGAAAAAGGAAAAUGAAUCCCAUUCUGAUUACAAAGUAAAGCUGCUAGUAUAUGUCGGAGCGGGACUACUAUUAUUCAUAAUCUUAAUUCUUCUACUGAUAGCAGUUAGAUGCUACAUAAUUCGUAAGUCUUCAGGCGACUCCAAAACCGGAGACAUGUUUACAACUGAAGCUCCAAACGUGUUCGGCGACGCGAACUCUGAUAUAGAUAAUGAUGUAGAUGUCAGUCAUAUCUCUGGAACUUUCUACGAUCCGGUACACCCUGAUAUGAUUCUGUACAGAGAAGCUAACGGAAACAGAGGGACGAUUAGAGCAAUGCGACCAUUGUCCACAAUAUAUCCGUGCGCUGGUGCUAGCAUGUAUGGGAAUGCAGAUUAUGUGCCUCAAGCAAGAGAGGUGAAGUAUAAAAGCCAAGAAGAAGAACCAGAAAGUAUGGUCAGUCCGAGAAGUUUAGGGAACUUUUCAAAUUCGCAGUUUUACUAUGGCUGACGGAGGACUGCGGGAGGUCACGAUGAUGCCUCCAGGACUUACUGUUUCUAGUGAACUGUCCGUAUCAGUGAUAAGAAUGCUUGUAAAGCAAUUAAAUUUAAUCCUAGCCUUUGGCUGCGAUGUAUAAAUUUGGGUAAGAUUAAACUACAAUUAUUAAUAUUUGUGUAAAUUAUCAAUAUUAUUCAAGAUCGAAUUAAUGAAUAACUGAACUUGUAACUAACGCUAUCCAGAAUUCAUACGCAAAGCAAAUAGUGAAUUUUUCAUUUUUAAUGAUGUUACAAUGGAAUAAAUUUUCUUGUCGUAAUAUAAUAUUCUGUUUAAUCCGAUAGAAAAUAUGUCUCAUAGAGCCAUAAAUAUCUAUAUAUUUAUGGCUUUUUAAGGCAUUUUAUUUAUGGAUAUAAAAAGCCAUAAAUAUAUAUAUUAUAGCUUUUUGUAUCUAUGCGACAUUACUCUGAUAUUGCUAACAAUGUCAUAAUAAUUUCACAAUAAAUAUCUCGUAAUAUGAUGAUAGUUUUUGAUAAAUUGCUAUAAUUUAACAAACAUUUCCAUAAGUAUAAAAAAAUAUUCACUAAAAUAUCUUGCACUUGAUGUUAAAACAUAUCUACAUACUAAUUUCGUUUGCACAUAAUAUUUACUAUUAGCUAAUACGAAAAAUCUGUGAUUGUUAUAAUACUAAAAAUAAAAUAUUUCUAGCCAUAAUUAUUUAUAUAUUUUUAUUUGUUUGUAAUGAUAAAAGAUAUUAUCAGAUUACUGUUACGUUUUUUCGCUUGAUAUUUAAUCAAAAACUCCGUGAUUAGUCCACAAAUUCCUAGCAAAAAUAUAAUAUUAUUUUUGUCUAGUCCCGUCUGUCUGAGAUAAACGUCCCCUAAAUUCUUCUACUCAUGUCUACUUUUUGUCUGAACAAAUUUAAUAAUUCCUACUUAAAAUUCAACCCUGAAAUUAAGAUACAUCCUUACUACUAAUAUUAUAAAUGCGAAAGUUUAUGAGGAUGUAUGUUUGUUACACUUUCACGCAAAACCUACUGGACCGAUUGUUAUAAAAUUCUGUAUAUAGGGUACUUCUUGUCCCGAAAUUCCCACGGGAGUGAAGCUCCGCGGCGCAGCUAAUUUCACAUGAAAUCAUAAUGGAAGGUAAAAUCAUAAAUCAUGUAACUAGAUACUUUAAUAAGGUAUUAACUAAUCGACGAAUUUGGCCAUUAAAUAUUGUAUUCAAUUAUGCAUUGUUAUAAAUAUACCUAUAAGUUAAUAACAAAUUCCCAAUUGUACCUAC